AUGACUCAAACUGGAAAACAUGCCCUCAUCUUUGGGGCCUCUGGAAUCUCCGGAUGGUCUCUCUUGAAUCAAACCCUCCAAUUCCCCACCCCAACAACCUUUGGCCGCAUCACAGGUCUAUGUAACCGGCCGCUUCGCGCCAAGGAUGCUUUUCUACCUGAUGACAAUCGUCUUAGGAUUGUGCCGGGUAUUGAUCUGACACAGUCCGUGGAAGUGGUAAAAGCUCAGCUCAAGAAGGAGGUCGAGUCAGUCGAGUCAGUCGACGUUGUUUUCUUCUGCGCUUAUAUUCAGACGGGCGAUUUCCAGUCACUGCGCAAGAUCAACACCAAUCUCCUUCAAACGGCUAUUGAGUCUAUUUCCGCCGUUUCACCCAAGCUUGAGUCCGUUAUCCUGCAGACAGGGGGAAAAGGGUACGGGUUGGAAUUCCCCAACGAUGUGAAAAUCCAACCUCCUCUUCACGAGAACAUGCCCCGUCUCCCGUCGCCAUGGAAAGAAAAUAUUUUCUACUACGACCAAUACGACCUGCUACAGAGACUUUCUGAAGGCCAAAAGUGGACAUUUUCUGAGAUCCGGCCAGAUGGAAUUGUUGGUUUUGCUCCCGGUUUCAAUGUCAUGAACAUGGCAUAUGGUAUCGCUUUCUAUCUGACUCUGUAUCGGGAGGUGAAUGGAAAGGGCACAGAGGUGCCAUUCCCCGGUCGGCCACACGGCUAUCAUACCCGCCACACGGACACCUUCCAAGAUAUCCUUUCCAAGAUGGAGAUUUUUGCUGCGCUUAACCGUGACAAAUGUCGGAAUGGGUCAAUCUUCAAUUGUGGAGAUGGAGAACCCGUCACCUGGGCUCAGGUGUGGCCUGGGAUUUGCUCUUACUUUGGACUCCGUGGCGUCGAGCCAGAUGGCAAGCAGAAGAACAUGGAGGAUUUUGUCUCUGAGAAAAAGGAGAUCUGGGACCGCUUAGUCGAGACCCACGGCUUGAGGCAUGGCCUCAUUGAGUCUCAAAACUGGGGCCAUGCGAACUUCAUGCUCGUCGAUUUCGAUUUCCCUCGCGAAUAUAGUCUUGAGGCGGCUCGUUCCGUGGGCUUCGACGAGCAAAUCGAUUCGCUCCAGGGCUAUCGGACUACAUUUGACAGGAUGGUGGAUGCAAAAUUCAUCCCUAAGCCUUGUCUUUGA